AUGCUUCUUAACAAAUAUCUAUGGCAUAUUCAUAUGGAUAAUAAUACAACAUCAUUAAGUAUGUUCAAUGAUAACUGUCAAAAUGUUUUAAAACGCGUAGGCUCACGAAUUGUUUCAAUACGUAUAAGCUUACGCAAUGUUAUCAAUGGAUGGCCAAUUAUUUCAUCAUCUCUUCAUCAUCAUCAAACAACAUUACUUCGACAUCUUCAUCUAAUCGAUAUUGAACCCGGCGAAUUUAAUAAAUUAAUAAAUAAUCGUUUUGUGAAACAACUACACACUUUAGUGAUAGAGUUGACAAAGGACAGUGUAUUUCAUAGUCAAAGAGAAGAAGGAGCAUAUUUGGCAAAGGUGUGUUUACAACUACCUGAUCUACGAAUUUGUCGAUUACCUUUUGAUUUCUGUCGUUUUGGUCGUGAGAAUUUGUCAAAUGCAAGAGCACCACUAUUGAUGAACCUACCAAAUAUUUCAUCAACAGUCUAUCUUCAUACAUUGAGUGUUGGUAUUAAGACAUUCCGAUUUUUAGAACGUUUAGUAAUUUGUAUACCGAAUAUUCAAAAUCUUUCUUUCGGUAUACAACAUGAAGACAUUUAUGAAGAUGAAAAUUUAGACUUAACUCAAAUGCCUAGUCCAAUUGAUGCUCGUCAACUUCGUUAUCUUUUUCGUCUAAGUAUGAAUUGUGAGGAUAAAAUAAGUUUUCAUAAAGCUGUUGCAUUAUUAUCAUCUAUAUUUGGUCAACUUACUUAUUUAUCAUUGAAAUUGCUUGCAACUACAUCAAUAUCUGAUCGGUUAAUAAUAACAGUUCAUGUAAAGAAUGAUCUAGAAGAGAAAAAGAUUUUGAAUUCUUUUUUAAAUGCUCCAUUUGUUAAUCAAUCAGAACAAAGAUCGAAAAAAAUUAUUCAAGAAAUUGAUGAUUGGUCUGUUUGUGAAAACUCUUAUUGUUUUACAUUAUCAACAUUACCACAUAAUGAAAUCAAGAUUCCGUCUUAUCUAUUUCCUACGAAACCAAACAAAACUUAUGAAAAAUCAAUGGAAGCAAUCGACUUGUUUCCACAUGCGAAUGAAUUAGUUUUAAGAGCAUAUAAACAGAAGAAUUGUUUUUCUGAAUUUGGAAAUUGUCAAUCUUUUACAUCAUCAUCAAUUCCAUGGACAUUAAUAAGAAAAAUUUCUAUUGAAGAAGAUGUUAAUAUUACUGCAAUUGAAUUAGAAUCUAUAUUACAAAUGGCUUCUCAUGUUCAUACAUUAUCUAUAGCAGAUUUUAGAGGAUAUUUACCGCGUGCAAUAUUGCAUAAUCAUAAUGAUCUUGGAACUCGUGUAAAUAAACAAAUAGAUUCGUUUGAUACCGAUGAUUGUUCAUUAAGAUUACAUAAUGCAAAAGAUUUCUGUAAAUUAAUAUCAUAUCGAUUACCGAAUUUAAAAGAAUUAUCAUUUUCUAUUUAUGAAGUGUUUCGUGAAAAAGAUAAAUCUACUAAAAAGGUUAUUGAUCUUACUCAUUUUCUUGUUGAUCAUUUACAACAACUUGUUUUUCUAUCAAUAAUUAUCUCGUCGGAAACUAAUUCAAAAACACGAUGCUUUCCACAUAAAAUUCGACGACAAUUAUAUGAACAACCUCUCAAUCGAUCAUAUCGAUUACAAUGUUCUUCUCAAUUAAUUCAAAUAUGGCUUUGA